CACCACGGCCCUGGGCGGCAACACCCUGACCGGCCGCACCAUGUUCUGCCACCUGGACGCUCCGGCAAACGCCAUAAGCGUCUGCCGGGACGCAGCUCAGGUGGUGGUCGCCGGCCGCAACACAUUCAAAAUCUACUCCUUGGAAGAGGACCACUUUGCGGAGAAGCUGAACCUGCGGGUGGGCCGGAAGCCCUCGUUGAAUUUUAGCUGCGCCGAUGUGGUGUGGCACCAGAUGGACGAGAACCUUUUGGCCACGGCAGCCACCAACGGGGUGGUGGUGACGUGGAACCUGGGCAAGCCGUCCAGGAACAAGCAGGACCAGCUGUUUACAGAGCAUAAAAGGACGGUGAACAAAGUCUGCUUCCACCCCACGGAGGUCUACAUGCUGCUCAGCGGGUCCCAAGAUGGCUACAUGAAAUGCUUCGACCUCCGGAAAAAAGACUCUGUCAGCACCUUCUCAGGUCAAUCUGAGAGCGUGAGAGACGUUCAGUUCAGCAUCCGGGAUUAUUUCACCUUUGCGGCCACUUUUGAGAACGGGAACGUACAGCUGUGGGACAUCCGGAGACCCGACCGCUACGAGCGCAUGUUCACGGCUCAUAAUGGACCCGUCUUCUGCUGUGACUGGCACCCCGAGGACAGAGGCUGGUUGGCGACCGGUGGGCGUGACAAAAUGGUCAAGGUGUGGGACAUGAACACGAACCGAGCCAAGGAGAUCUACUGCGUUCAGACCAUCGCUUCCGUGGCGCGCGUAAAGUGGCGGCCCGAAAGAAAGUACCAUAUAGGGACAUGCUCCAUGAUGGUGGACCACAACAUCUACGUGUGGGACGUUAGGCGACCCUUCAUCCCGUUCGCCACCUUCGAGGAGCACAAGGACGUGACGACGGGCAUCGUUUGGAGACACUGCCACGACCCUUACUUCCUGCUCUCGGGCUCUAAGGACAGCACGUUGUACCAGCACAUCUUCAGAGACGCCAAGAGGCCCAUAGACCGCGCUAACCCCGAAGGCCUCUGCUACGGCCUGUUUGGGGAUCUGGCUUUUGCGGCCAAAGAAAGCCUCAUGUCGUCUUUAUCAUCAUCCAGUGACUCUAAUAGGAAGCCGUACGAUCGGCGCCACCCCAUCUUCUUCCUGAGGAAGCCGGACCCCAUGGAGCAGUUCGAGAACAUAUCCAGCGGGUUGAGUGUUUUUGAGGCGGGCGGAGGAGACAUGGGCUGGUUCGUAGCCACGGCUGAACGAUACGCCUUGGCCGGGAGGCCGCUUUCUGAACUGUGUGAUCAUAACGCCAAAGUGGCCAGAGAACUAAACCGCUGGCAGGUUGCUCAGACAUGGACAAUGCUCAGGAUCAUCUACUGCAGCCAGGGCACCAUGCCACCCAGCAAUCUGAACCACAGCUUGGGCAAAAGUGGUAACGCCUUGCCACUGCUGAACAGCUUCAGCUUAAAGGAGAUGCCCUCUGGGAUGGGCAGUGAAGCCAGACUGGAGCACAGCAAGGGUGACAGCCGAGCAGACAGUGUUCUGAUGGACUCAUCGGCCAUUAAUAAUGAUGAGAACGAGGAGACGGAAGGCAGCGACGUCCCUGCUGACUAUUUGCUCGGAGACGUGGAGGGAGACGAGGAUGAGCUGUAUAUGGUCGACCACGAGCAUCCCCAUCCGGAGGAGCAGGAGUACGUCCUUCCCCAGGAGGCCUUCCCGCUUCGUCAUGAGAUCACAGACAACCCUUCGGCCCUGGACCACUUACAGGAUAAAGCCGACUCUCCUCACGUGAGCGGGAACGAAGCUGAGACCAUGUCCCUCACUCCAGUGGAGUCCUUCUCUCUCAUUUCUAUCUCUCACGCGCUGUAUGAGAACCGCCUCCCCACUGACUUCUUCAACCCCACCGUCCGCGACAUGCUGUGCUUCUACGCCCAGCAGGGUAAGUACAGAUGGCCGCUUCCGUUGUCACCGAGAUAG